AUGGGUAACAGCAGCGGUCCUUCCGUUCUCCCUACCUUACUGCUCCUGCUGCAGAACAAGAGCUACCCCGAACCUUCCGUCCCUCCGGUGGGCUACGAGAUGAUGGAGUCACCCGUCGGACCCAGCUCAGGCAGGAACCACUCUGUCCUGCAGUACCACUUGCGGCCGGGGGAAAAGGCAGCAGCCAGCAUGGUUUUGGGAGUGUUGUGGCUGGUUUCCGUCCUUGGAAACUCCCUCGUCUGCUUAGUGAUCCACAGGAGCAGGAAGACACAGUCCACCACCAACUAUUUUGUGGUCUCCAUGGCUUGUGCAGACCUUCUCGUCAGCUUUGCAAGCACGCCCUUCGUGCUGCUCCAGCUCACCUACGGCAGGUGGAGGCUGGGGAACGUGCUGUGCAAGCUGGUAAGGUACACGCAGUACCUCACCCCUGGAGUCCAGAUAUACGUGCUCCUCUCUAUAUGUGUGGAUCGGUUCUACACCAUCGUCUACCCCCUGAGCUUCAAAGUCUCGAGGGAGAAAGCCAAGAAAAUGAUCCUGGCCUCUUGGCUAUUUAACGCUGUGUUGGCAUCCCCCACUUUCUUUUUCUACAGCUCCAACAGCCACCACCAUUGCAACUUUUUUCUCCCUGAUUCUUGGGAAGGAGCUGUCUAUGGUAGCAUUCACCUCUCGGUGGUGUUUGUGAUCCCGUCCCUCCUCAUUAUCCUCUUCUACCAGAAAGUCAUCAAGUACAUUUGGAGAAUAGGCACCGAUGGCAGGACUGUCAGGAGGACGAUGAAUAUUGUCCCAAGAACAAAAGUGAAAACCAUCAAGAUGUUCUUAGCAUUGAACUUGGUGUUUCUCCUGUCCUGGCUCCCUUAUUACGUGGCGCAGCUGUGGCACCCGCAGGAGACAGACUACAGAAGCAGCUCCUUGCUUUUCCUGGUCAUCAUCUGGAUCUCCUUCAGUUCUUCUGCCUCUAAGCCAACCCUCUACUCCAUCUAUAAUGCCAACUUCAGAAGAGGGAUGAAAGAGACUUUCUGCAUGUCUGCCAUGAAAUGCUACAGAAGCAACGCCUACACCAUCACCACCAGUUCCAGGCUAGCCAAAAAAAAUCACGUUGGGAUUGCAGAAAUCCCAGCUCCGGCCAAAACUGUCACCAAAGACUCCAUCUAUGAUGCUUUUAACAGAGAGGAAAAGGAAAAAAAGCUUGCCUGGCCUAUUCUAUCCAAUCCCCCAAAUACGUUUGUCUAA